UCAACUCAAUAAAACAAUUAUUCAUAUAAUCUUAAACAACAGUCAAUAAAAAAGUGCCAAUCACGUCGCUACAAAAACUCUUUGGACAUAUUGUCAAGCGUACAUUCGCCGACAUACACAAGCUGAGACAAGGCAACAUAAUGGUGGUUACACACAAUGUUAAGGGAUACGAGGAGUUCAUGAAGAAAAUGGAGGAACUCGAGACCGGCGAUAGCAAUAAUCCCGUGCAUGUAUUGUUUAGCGGCGGAAAGGAGGAGAAUGGCGAGAGUUGGUGCCCGUACUGUGUCAAGGCGGAGCCAGUAAUACAUGAUGCACUGAAGAAGGCUGCGGAGAAGUCACACUUUGUGCAUGUGGAUGUGGGCGAAAGAUCUUACUGGAAAGACUUGAACUGCCCUUUCCGCAAGGAUCCAAACACUCAUUUGAUAUUUUUGCCCACCCUGUUGCGCUGGAAGUCGCCACAGCGCUUGGACGGCGAGCGGUGCUCCAAUAAGGAUCUGGUAGAGAUGAUGUUUGAGGAUGAGGAUUAAAAUAUAUACACCAAAAACAUUCACAAGCCAUAGGCAGAUCCCAAAUUUUAAUGAUGUAAAUUUUAUUUUUGGAAUGUUGCACUUAGCACACAUAAUACACAUACAAAAACACUAUUGAAAACUAAACGAAAUGUUGCCUUAAUA